GAAGUUCCCUUUUCAAGAUUAUGAAAAGAACCGAAUAAGCAAAAUCGAAAUUGUAUACUAUAACACUCACUAUACCAUUACAAUAAUUUGUAUGAGGAAAAAAAUGCGAGUUUCAAGAAGGUGGAUUAAGUGGCUGGUACCAGGGUUUCUGCUGUGGAAACCAGAGGAUCCUGGCUAUGAGAGACCUGCGUAUAGGGAUUGGACCGAGGAGGAAGAUGAGCCUAAGUACUCACCAGAGGAAGAACUUGCCUUACUCGACAAACAAAUCCUUGCAAGCGAUGGGUUUGAUAUCGACCACACACACUUCCGGUGUGUCUUCAACUACCAUCUUGCUGAUCUCGACUCAGAUGAAUUUGCUGAGGAGCCAACAGAAACCACUAGGGAUUUACUCGAGAGGCUCUCUAGGAAGGCCCUUGAUGACUACAAUCAAGAAUCUAGAACAAAAUUUGAGUUUGUCAAGGUUGUGAAAGCAAACUUUCACUGGUGUUGUGCGUUUAUGUUUCUCAUAACAUUUGAAGUUGUUGAUCCUUAUGAUAACUUGAUAAAACUCUUCCAAACAAGGGUUCGCCACGCUACAGAUAUCGUGACUGAGUAUGUCUUUUGCAGGCCGAAACCCAAUCAAGAAGGUAUCUCUAAUCUUGUUUUGUUUUCCAUAUGACAAAAGUAAUUGUUUUUAUGGAUUCAUUGUGGAAUAUUUUUUCUCUUUCACCAUGGAAGAUGGAUUUGGAUUUAGCUUGUGAGCUUCCAUCUCUAUUUUCUUGAGACUUUAGUAUUUUGGAUUGUUUUGAUAGUGGAAUGCAUUGGAAUU